AUGUUUAGGACAUCAGUGAUUGCUCUUAUGAUAUGGACACAAAUGGUUAAAGUGGAGUCUACCUGUGAUUCUGAACUUCAGAAUGGACUCGUUCAAGAUCUUCUUCAUAUGAUGAUGAAGAUAAAAGGUCCUAGUUCUGCAGAACCGUCUACAUGCAAUUGCAAGAAGAUUGUGAUUGCUUUCACGGCUUCAUUGUCAACUACAAAAGCCAUUUCCAUUGGCUCCCAUGCUGUUGUUAAGUUUGAUAAAGUUUGGACCAAUGAGGGAAAAGGAUAUGACCCAUAUUCUGGAAUUUUCAUAGCACCAAUGAAAGGAUUCUAUCAAAUAUCUGCAACAACAAUGUCUCCAAGUGGAAAAUACUUCCAUUCGUAUCUUAUGAAAAAUAAUGAAACAACUGUCGGAAUGUACCCUGGAGCUGGCUAUCAUACAGGUUCAGCUACCAUUGUACUACAACUAAUGAAAGGAGACCGUGUGUACAUAAAACAUCAAAGCGGCACAGAGGAAAUAUACAGCGAUGGCGCUCAUUGGAACAUGUUUUCUGGUUUCCUGAUUUCCAUCCAAAUCGUUGACUUCUUAGCAUUUCCCUUGAAUACAAUGUUUAGGAUACCAGUGUUUGCUCUUAUGAUAUGGGCACAUAUAGUUACAGUGGACACUACAUGUGAUUCUGAACUUAAGAAUGUGCUCUACCAAGAUAUUCUUAAUAUGCUGAUGAAGAUGAAAGGUCCUAGUUCUGAGAAUGGACUCUUUCAAGGUCUUCUUGAUAUGAUGAUAAAGGUAAAAGGUCCUAGUUCUGAACCGUCUACCUGUAACUGCAAGAAGAUUGUAAUUGCUUUCACAGCUUCGCUGUCAGCUGCAAAAUCCAUUGGCAUAAACGAAGUUGUAAAGUUUGAUAAAGUUUGGACCAAUGAGGGAAACGGCUAUCACCCACAUUCUGGAGUCUUCACAGCACCAAAGACAGGAUUCUAUCAAAUAUCUGCAACAAUAAUGUCUCCGAAUGGAAAAUAUUUCCAUUCAUAUCUUAUGAAAAAUGAUAAACAAACUGUCAGAAUGUACCCAGGCCGAGGUCAUCAUACAGGUGCAGCAAACAUUGUUCUGAAAUUAGAGAAAGGAGACCGUGUGUACAUUAAACAUGCAAGCAACACCGAGAGCAUUUAUAGUGAUAGCAAUCAUUAUAGCAUGUUUUCUGGAUUUCUUAUUUCUGAAUAAAAUUUGAGACAAGAAUUUUA